AUGUUGUCGUCCUGGUCUGUUGUAUAUUUUGCGGAAUGGAGAGGAAAAGAAAGAAGAGAAGGGGAGGGGAACGAAAGAGCAGGAAAAGAGAGAGUAGAAGAGUCCUGGAUCGGAAGCAACAGGAGACUCGAGAGGCGACGACUUCCCUCUUUCCCACAGUGUGCAGUGGAGCGAAAAUUUUACCGUGAGGGAAAGAGCGCACGAUGGGUGGGCACCACACCACUCACCACUCCUAGAGUUCACUACCCGUUCUCGCGGCUUCAGCGCCUGGCUCCGUUUGCGCAGCAGCCAAGUUACGCGGGCGAAGAAAGCGAAAGGAGCCAAAUACAGCCGAGGAAGCGCGCCCCCCACCCCGGCUCCUUCUCGUCGGAAGUGAGGGUGACUCGGGUUUCCGCCUUUGUUCACUAG